UACACGCGCACGUGAAUACCGUAAAAGGACGAUCAAAACACGGUGAAAAAGCGGCCACUAUACUUGCAUAUCACCAAACCAAAAGCAAAGGGGGAAACCACGGCAUAGUGCGGUAGUGUUAAAGUUUGAUCACUGCUUUUGUCGUCAUCGUCGUCAGCUUGCCGGUUUGUGGAAAAGCAAACACCAGCUACGAGCGCCAGGACGACGACCGUUCCUCGUGGAGUGGUAGCGCAAUCAUCAUCAUCAUCAUCAUCGUCAUCUUCGGGUUUUGCGAACGAAGCGCAUGCUGUCGCUUCCUUUUUUGCGUUUUUCGGCACCGCUCGAGCAUGCAAAAGUGCACCUGCACUCGCGUUCGCGUGUCAAUCCAGUGCAAUCGAGCUGUUCGACGCAUUUAGUGCCGUCCUUCUCCUCCAUUACGCCCGCCUGGGUCGUCCCUCGUAUUGGACCUUCUUGCAUCCUGUCGCUAUCCUCAACUGAACUCAUUUUCCGAUUUUCCUUCCUCGAUAAGUUUGGUGAUUGUUUUCACCUCUUACGGAAUCGAUGGUAUUACUGUGAACAUUCAGACCGUAUGUCGUGAUUUGUCUGCUGCCUGUCUCUACCUGAUUCGAAAAAAUCCAUCCAAAACCUGUGUGCAUUGCGUGUGCGACGGACGACAAACGAUACACGCCGAAGGUGGCCUUCCAUAAGCGGAACAUAAAACUUUAAAACCGUCCCCAGGGGGAGUAUAGUGGAAAACGGUGCAACAUGAUAACAUUUCGGUUAUCGAGCGGUGUGUACGCGUAUGCGGCCUACCUGCUGCUGAUGGUAUACUUUCUAUGGCCGGGACGUUUCGCCAGCCUGUACGACUACGUCGAGGGUGAGAACAUUUACGAUCAGCUGAUACGCAAGACGACCAAAAACAUCUCGCUGAUGCGUAAUGGAUUGCGGUGCGAUUACAGUGAAGUCAUCGAGGAUAAUCUCUCCAUCUACCGGCCACCGUACACGGAGGAAAUUAUCAACAACAAUGUACGGCUCGGCGGUGAAUACUAUCCGGAGGAUUGUCUGCCAAGCUUCAGUACGGCCAUUAUAGUGCCGUACCGGCAGCGUGAACGGCAGCUAAAUCAGUUCCUCAUCUACAUGCACAACUAUCUGCGCCGGCAACGCAUACACUAUCGAAUAUUCGUGAUUGAACAGUACGACCCGAAACCGUUCAAUCGCGCUAAACUGUUCAACAUCGGUGCACUGAUUGCGAUGGGUUUGGACUAUCCAUGCUUGGUGCUGCACGACGUCGACCUGAUGCCGAUGAAUCUGGGCCAUCUGUAUGCUUGCUCACGCAAACCGCGCCACAUGUGCUCGAGCCUGGACGUGUUCCGGUACAACCUGCCGUACCGUGGACUGUUCGGUGGUGCGGUUGCCAUCGAAUCGACCGUAUUUCUCAACAUCAACGGUAUGUCCAACAUGUUCAGCGGAUGGGGCGGUGAGGACGAUGAUCUGUACGCGAGGCUGCAGAACAAACAGAUCGAAAUAUGUCGCUUCAGUCCAUCCUACAGUCAGUACUCGAUGCUGAAGCACCGGAAGGAAGCACCCAACAAGGAUCGGGUAGCAUUCCUCAAGAAUGGAAAAUUGCGCUACCAUACGGAUGGGUUGAAUUCGCUCGUUUACAAACAGGUCGGCUUUAAGCUGCACAACCUGUUCACGCACGUGCUUGUUGAAACAUAAGGAAUUAGAGAGAGAGAGAGCUUUUGUUUAUGAAAGGAGAAAAGUAAGAAAAUCCACGCAAUAUUACUCUUUAAACAAAGACACACCGAAAGAGGUGAGUUUUUUGUUUGUUUGUAGGCUCAGUUUCUUCAUUCCGUAGUUACACGUUUGAUGUAAAGUUUAUUACAGAUGGUAUGAAGCGGCCCUGCCUAUGCACAUUGUAUUAUUUAGCUUUAAUAUUGUUUCCCUAGUUAAGAUUAGCUACGUUAGUUUCAUUCCUGCAAUAUGGCUUUAAAAAUGGUUAGGUUAAACUGGCUUAUAGGAAAAUCAGGUUAAAAUGAAAUAAGCAAGAAUUGCCUUAAUACAGACAAGAAUUACAUUAAGAAGGAUGCGUAAGAAAGCAUCGCCUAUCGAAGGAAGAAAACAAAAAACAGCGCAAUGUGUUGUAUCGCAAAACAUUUUACAAUUAAUUAUUACACUUCGCUUGCACAGUUAAUCAAGCGCAUUUUGCGAAGUAAACGAGACACCAGUGUACGGAAGAAGGGGCAACAAGCAAUACCAAACAAAAAAAUACUAAAUUAAGUGCUACAAAAUUUGCAUUUGCAAAACCUACAACAAAAAACAAAAAAACGGAUCACGUGAUUAUGCAGGUUGCUUCACUUCAGAGUUAACCGUGGCGCGUGUUUGAUGAAUAUUACGUUACAAACCGUGAGCAAAACGGUAAACUAGAGAUAGUUAUUCCUAUUUAUUAAUCCCCUACCAAACUAGGGUAGUACUAGGAGCUAAGGUGAACUUUAAUAGACACUAGACAAACUGAAAACCAAACUCUUAAAACGCAUAGAUUGUAAGUAGGUACAGUUUUACAAUUCAAAUUAAAGAACGCUCAGUGGUUAGUGCGUACACACCUUAAGCAGGAAACAAACCUUAGCGUUUGCCUCUAGAACGAUGUUUUCUUCUCUUCCCAUUUUUGCACUCAUUAGCGGAAGCACACGUGAAAAUGAGAAGGAACAAAAAGGAACAAAACAAAUGAAAAACCACGCUUCGUGAUAAGGAAGAAAAAAGCAACAACCAAAAAAAAAAAACAAAAACAAAAACCCCGGACAAAUAGGAGCAAUUUUUAGAUUACAUUAAGUUAUUAAAGUUCGAAAUUACGAAUUAAAACAGCGCUCUAGCAUUAGUGGCGCGUGCGUUUUUGUGUGUGGGUGUGCGAUCGCGGUGUACUGAAAAGGGAAAGGGCAAGGAGAGUAAAUUGAUCGCAAAUUUUAGACUCGUACUUAGCAAACAAAACUCAAUAAAUCAAAUUCAACUUAAUUAAUUAA